UGUAAAAGAAAAACCUAAACCUGUUACUGAAAAGAAAGAAACUGAAGCUCUGAAAGAGAAAGCAAAACCUGCACCUUCCAAAAAAGAACCUGCUGUUGCAGUUGAAAAAGUUAAGACAAAAACUACAAAGAAAGAAGCUGAAGUCAAGGAGAAAGUCAAACCAGCUCCUGAGAAGAAAGAAGCUGAAGUCAUCAUGGAGAAAGCUAAACCAGUUCUUGAAAAAAAAGAAGCUGAAGUAGUCAAAGAAGUUAAACCAGCCCCUGUGAAGAAAGAGGCUGAAGUCAUCAAGGAGAAAGUUAAACCAGCUCCUAUAAAGAAAGAGCCAGAAGUUAUCAAGGAGAAACCAGCACCUUCAAAGAAAGCACCUAAAAUAACCAAAGAAAAACCAAAACCAGUACCAAAGAAAGAGACUGAAGCUGUAAAGGAGAAAGUUAAACCAGCCCCUGAGAAGAAAGAGGCUGAAGCUGUAAAGGAAAAAACUAAGUCAAAGCCUGAGAAGAAGGAGGCUGAAAUAGUCAAGGAGAAAGUUAAAGCAGCUCUUGUGAAGAAAGAAGUCAAGGAGGAAGCAAAACCAGCUCCUGUAAAGAAAGAAGCUGAAGUCAUCAAAGAAAAAGCAAAACCAGCUCCUGAGAAAAAAGAGGCUGAAUUCAUUAAGGAGAAAGUUAAACCUGCUCCUGUGAAGAAAGAGGCUGAAGCUGUAAAGGAGAAAACUAAACCAGCCCCUAAGAAGAAAAAGGCUGAAAUAAUCAAGGAGAAAGUUAAAGCAGCUCCUGUGAAGAAAGGAGUCAAGGAGGAAGAAAAACCAGCUCCUGAGAAGAAAGAGGCUGAAGUCAUCAAGGAGAAAGUUAAACCUGCUCCUGUGAAGAAAGAAGCUGAAGCAAUCAAGGAAAAAGCUAAAGCAGUUUCUGAGAAAAAAGAGCCUGAAGUUGCAAAAGAAAAGGCUCCUGAACCAAAACCCAAAAAAGAGGCUGAAAUCAUCAGAGAGAAAGUUAAACCUGCACCUGUAAAGAAAGAGCCUGAAGUUGCAAAAGAAAAGGCUCCUGAACCAAAACCCAAAAAAGAGGCUGAAAUCAUCAGAGAGAAAGUUAAACCUGCACCUGUAAAGAAAGAGCCUGAAGUUGCAAAAGAAAAGGCUCCUGAAUCAAAACCCCAAAAAGAGGCUGAAAUCACCAAAGAGAAAGUUAAACCUGCACCUGUAAAGAAAGAAGAAAAACCUAAGGCAGCACCAAAGAAAGAGGCUGAAGUUAUUAAGGAGAAGCUUACACCAGCUACUGAGAAGAAAGAGGUAGAAGUCAUCAAGGAGAAAGCCAAACCAGUCCCUGAGAAAAAAGAGGUCCUUAGGGAGAAAGUUAGGCCUGCUCCUGUAAAGAAAGAGCCUGAAGUUGCUAAAGAAAAGGCUCCUGAACCAAAACCCAAAAAAGAGGUUGAAGUCAGCAAAGAGAAAGCUAAACCAGCCCUUAAGAAGAAAGAGGCUGAAGUCAAGGAAAAAGUUCAACCAGCUCUUGUAAAGAAAGAGCCAGAGCUUCCCAAAGAAAAGGUGCCUGAGCCAACACCAGAACCUGAGAGAGUAGAAGCUCCAAAGGAAAAGGCAAAAGUAAUCCCUAAGGAAAAAGUACCUGAGAUUGCUAAAGAAAAACCAAAGCCAGCACCAAAGAAAGAGGCUGAAGUCAUAAAGGAGAGAGUUAAGCCUGCUCCUGUUAAGAAAGAGCCUGAAGUUCUUAAAGAAAAGGCUCCUGAAGCAAAACCCAAAAAAGAACCUGAAGUUAUCAAAGAGAAAGUGAAGAAAAGAGAAGCCCCAGAGAAGAAAGAGGCUGAAAUCAAAAAGACUAAACCAGCUCCUGUAAAGAAAGCACCUGAAAUAACCAAAGAAAAACCAAAGCCAGCACCAAAGAAAGAAGCUGAAGUCAUCAAAGACAAAACUAAACCAGCCCCUGUGAAGAAAGAGGCUGAAGUCAUCAAGGAGAAACCAAAAGCAGUUCCUGAGAAGAAAGAGGCUAAAGUCAUUGAAAAGAAAGUUAAACCAGCUCCUGGAAAGAAAGAGCCUGAGGUUGUUAAAGAAAAGGCCCCUGAACCGACACCAAAAAAAGCACCUGAGAUAACCAAAGAAAAACCAAAGCCAGCACCAAAGAAAGAGGUCGAAGUCAUUAAAGAGAAAGCUAAACCAGCUCCUGAAAAGAAAGAGGUUGAAGUCAUCAAGGAGAAAGUUAAACCAGCUCCGUUAAAGAAAGAGCCUGAGCUUCAUAAGGAAAAAGCACCUGAACCAAAACCAGAACCUACAAAAAAAGUUGAGGUUCCAAAGGAAAAGGCAAAAGCAAUUGCUAAAGAAAAGGAACCUGAAAUAACCAAAGAGAAGCCAAAACCAGCACCCAAGAAAGAAGCUGUAGUCGUCAAAGAAAAAGCUGUACCUGCCAUCCUGAGGGAAGUGGCUGAAGCAAAGAAAGUUGCAGCAUUUCCUGAGAAGAAAGUGGCUGAAAUUAAGGAGAAAGUUAAACCAGCUCCUAUAAAGAAAGAGCCUGAAGUUGUGAAAGAAAAGGCUUCUGAACCAAAACCCAAAAAAGAGCCUGAAGCUGUGAAAGAAAAGGCUCCUGAACCUAAACCCAAAAAAGAGCCUGAAUUUGCUAAAGAGAAAGCCAAACCAGCACCUCAGAAGAAAGAUGAUGUUGGUCUUAUUGGUCUGGACCUGGAGCUCCUGAACUCCAUCAACCAAAAACUGUCUCUCCUGGACUUGCUGAGGAAGGACAUUGGAGAAAUGAAAAGCGAUCUGGAGUCCACUCAGAAUCAAAUCACACUUUUACGGAUGGACAACAGAACGAUCAAAGAGCCAGAGACUAUUGGUGUGAAAGUAAAACCAGCAGUCAAGGAAACAGCAAAAAGAGAGCGUGAAUCUCUGAAAAACAUCACGAAACCAGUACCUGCAAAGAAAGGUGUGUCUGAACACUGUCUCAGCAGUUUAGAUGAAGUAAAAGACAAAAAUAAAUGGGAUUUGACUGUUUACAGAAGUCAAUUAAUGAAUGCUGUGAUUUUUUUGACCAAAUUAUCUAGCUAUUUAUUUAUAUCCACUUUUUUUGUCCCAGCCAAAGAGGCCCCAAAGGUUAAGAUUGCGCCGGAGCCUAAAAAGAAAGAAAUCAUCCCUAAGAAGGUCAAAGAAGUAAAGAAACCUUUACCAAAAGAACCUGAGUUGGUCAAAGAUAAAGUUGAGCCAAUAGAGAAGGAAAUUGUUGUUGAGACGGAAGUCAAAGGGGAAGAGCCUGAAAUCACCAAAGAUAUUCCAGAGGUGGAGGAAGAGGACAUUCCCUACUUCCAGUGUUUUUUCGUGGAUGAGGAUGACACUCAGUAUCCGUUCUUCCCUUUCUCUCCACCGCUGUGGUGAAUCCAACCAAACCUCAGAGUUAAAUAAUAACAUGGUAAAGCCAGUAAAGACUGAGCUCUAAUGGAUGAAGAACCUGCUGCUGAGAUGCAUGUGGAGGUCCACAGUAGGUCUUACAGAAUAACAUCAAGAAGAAUAUGAACGAGUAAGAUAUAAUAUAAAAUAAGAAGAGAUAAUCCUGGAUUUUAAAACUGGAAAACUUCCUUCUGGUAAUUGUUUGUUAUUUUAAAGAACAGAGUUUGCCGACACAAAAUAUAAUCUAAAGGCUGUCUAGUUGUCUAUUAACAUGGAUUCGCCUUAUGUGUCAGAUAAUAAAUAUCUGUUUAUACUUAAUAUAUAUAUACACGUUCGAGAAGGAAUGCGAGUAUAGUUAGUCCAGACAGAACUGACAGGACGUCAUGAAACAACCGUCUUCUUCUCUGAACACAUCAGUGGAGUUCAGGACACUAGAAUUAUGCUAACUUUUAUAUGCAACAAUACCUCAUUUUGAUGGGGUGCUAAUUCAAAGCAUUCCACAGUUUUUUCGUCAGAAUGGGGUUUUGAGAUUGUUAACGUUUGAGUUUUGACUCAGUGAGGUUAUAGUAGAUCAAGAAAUAUAUAUACACAGAUAUUUCUUGUCUUUUUUCUAAGUAAUACCAAAGUUUACUGACAACUGCACUGAUAUACUGUAAAGACAGUUCCUCUGACUGUAUAGAUCAUUUUAUUUAUUUUUUAUUUUUUUAUUCUUAUUUUUUACACUUUACAUUUAGGCAUUUAGCAGAUGCUUUAGUCCAAAGUGACUUACAAUUGAGGAGGCAUUCAGUGAUUCAACAAGAAGAGCCAAUAUACACAGGAAGUGGUAGUUAUACAAAGUAACUUGUUACUCAGUGAAUUUAGUGCUAGAGUAGAAGUGCUAGUGUUUUUUUUUUUUUUUUUGAGAGAGAGAGAGAGAGAGAGAGAGAACGUGUUUCUAUAAGUAGUUUAAGCCCACUCACCUGAGGCACACUGUUACAAGUUUAUGAUGUUUAAAAGGGAUGCUGUAACAUUUAGGUAAGUAAAUGUAAUGUGUGCGACAGAUCAAGGAUGAGGCAGGAAUCGAUUCUGAAUUUAAAUCUUUUUUACUCAAUAGUUUAAACAAAAGAUGUAACAAUAACAAUGGAAAACAGAAAUAAACGUUUACAAUGUUCUUUUUAAACGAAAACAAUAAGUGUAGGCCAAAUCAAAAACAAAACAAAACAGUCCUUAAGUCUAACUUCUAAAAUAGGCAACAAAAAUAAAUAA